ACAGCGUAGAAGAAGAAGAAGCAAAGCGAGAGGCAGCAGGACUGGAGCAAACCCAGCAGUCUCAGCCUCAUGCUUCACACAGGGCACUUCUCCUCCUCCUGUCCGCUGUCUAGAAUAUUGUGACAAUAUUUAUUUUUAAUAUUAAACCAAAGAUAUAAGAAAUAAUAAAAAAGGAGAGGAGGGGGAGAAGGUGGGCCGAGUCAUGGAGCUUUAUUGCCUGGAGUCGGACAUAGCCGUGAAAGCCCAGCCUGACCCAAACAUCCUCUAUGAUGACAGAGUGCUGCAAAGUUUAUUAACUAUUGAGGACAGAUUUUUACCUCAGUGCUCGUAUUUCCAGCGUGUCCAGAAGGAUAUCCAGCCUUAUAUGAGACGGAUGCUUGCAGGUUGGAUGCACGAGGUUUGUGAGCACUUCAUGAGCUAACUUCAAUGUAAAAGCUAUGUAAGACAGUUUUGCAUGUGUAAAUCCUUUAUUUUUUAUUUGCCAAAAAAAGCUUGGUUCUGUAAGUUCAUGGAGAGUUGUCAUGGAUGUUGACCUAUUUGACAAUUGAAUGAGAGUGACUCACCAAAGGCGUGGGAGAGUCGGAAAUUCCAGCACGAAGAAAACUUCGCUUCAAAGAAAACAGCUUAGCUUGAUAUUUUCAAUCAUUUACCGCAGCACACUUGAUAUUUACACUAAACAGCUCACCCAAGUGAUAGAGGAGGAGGUAAUCUUAAUUUACAUGAUCGAAAACUCGAUAUUCCUGCUUUAAAAUAAUUUAUAUUAAUUUUUUUAAGGGAGUCAUGCUCGCUGUCUUUGGUCGGGCAACGUGCAUGCAAAAACUACUUUCAUUACUGAGGUUAAACCGUGAUUUUAGCCAAAUAAACCCCUUUACAAUGUCAGGAACUAAUAGUACAGAGAAUUCAGACAUUAUGCACUCAUUCUAAACCUUUCUUGAUGUUAAGUUUUAUCUUAAAAUUAUUUUUAAAGUCGGUAAAGCCCCCACAAGGAAGAGGAGCCUGCUUGCAAGAGGGACUUCCGACUGAACUAAUUAGUUUCCCCUCUGCAUUGACUGAUUGAAGACAUGUGAAAGAAAAGUUUUCAACCUUUAACACAGAGAAGUCAAGCUGAACUCACCCCCAUAUUGAUUUUCUUUUUUAGUAUUUUGCUUUGAAGCUUAAUGAAAAGGUCUGGUUUUCUUUAAUGAACAUUUAAGCUACUCUUACAUGCAAUUCUACUGAAGCCUUGAAGGGUUAUGCCUCCAUACAUUGAAUCUAUACUGUUUUUAUGUGAUAUUAAGUCAUUUCGAAUUGCUUUGGCAAGAUCUUGAACAGGCAUGAUCUGGUUACUUUUUAUUACUAAGGUAUAUCCCCCGCCCCCACAACCUCAAAAAAAAAAAAGGGGAAAAAAAGAGUUGAAAUUAAAGCUACAAUUUUAGCAUAAACCUAUUAGUCAUCUUCACUAGGUCUAUAUUUAGUCAAAUGCAUAAAGUGAAGAAACUAUAAGGCGAUAUGCAUGUUAGCCGGCUAGCAGUGAUUAGCUCACAUGCUAUGUUAGUCCGUUAUGGCUAGCAAUCAUACAGCUGUUCCCAUAAGUGUAAUGAGCACGGAGAGAAAUGCUACACUUAGUGUUUAUUCAUUACCUGAUUUGGCCACCUACCUGUACUGCUCAACAAGGUGCACAUGUUGCAUAUCCAGCCAACCAAUCAAAAACUAGAUAGACUUCCAGGUAGCCAGGUAAAUAGAUAUUUGUAAGGCGACUGUUCUAUCUGCAUUAACACUAAAAUAACAUACUAAAUUUAGUUCUACUUCCAAUUACAUGUAGGAAUAUUAACAGUAAUAGCGUUUUAUAAAAUUGUUUGGUGCUUUAGUGACCUUGAGCACAGUUCAUGAUCGUUUGACAUUAUAAAGAGAUCUUGAGAACACAACGGAACAACUAGCUCACCUGGGGGAUACGCUGUUUGAGCCGAGCGUCAUCACAGCGACUCUUGGUGACUUCGUCGCCGAAUGUGCACAACGCUACAGUGCAAUGCUGUUUUAAGGAAAUGAAGAAAAAUCGCGGAAAUACCCAGAGCUUUUUGGCUUCAAAUCUGUAUACAGACAGGAGGCGGAACCAAGUUGUCCAUAGUAUAUACAGUCUAUGGGUUCAACAAAUGUUGUUGGAAUGCAGUUCAAGUUUUAUGUUAAAGCUGUAACUUAAGCUAGACAUGGCUGUACCUCAGGUUAAUAAUGUUGACUGCCACAAAGCUAUGAUACACUUCUAAUUGGGUGUAAACAAACUAAGAUAACUAACAACAUCAAGGCAGGUGGUGCUAGCUCUGCUAAUGUUAGCCACACUUGAUAAUAGUUGCUUUGUAUCCUUCUAAUGGAUGCAUGUCCACUCAAGGUUUCCGUACAACUCAAAUAACUUAAUUUACCUAAAACUUCAUCCGUAACAUAGAUGGAAAAACUGAAAUGCAAUCAUGGAGAAACAUACAGAUACAGCUUAAAAAGAGAAUGUCCAUAAAUUAAAUAAAGGAAUAGAUGAUGCGGUCAAGCACUCAGACUAUCUUUGACUCUGUUGUGUCAGAUGGAAACUGUCUUAAAGUCCUGGUUAUAGUACAGAACCCUAAUGUGUUUCUCUGUUACCUCUCUGUGUCAUUUUAGGUGUGUGAAGAAGAGAAGAGUAAUGAAGACGUCUUCCCUUUAGCCAUUAAUUACUUGGACCGGUUUUUAGCAGUGGUUGUCACAAGAAAGAACUAUCUGCAGCUCCUGGGAGCUGUGUGCAUUUUUCUGGCUUCAAAGUUAAAGGACUGCAGGCCGCUAUCAGCAGAAAAACUUUGCAUGUACACAGACAACUCCAUCACACCACGGGAACUCCUGGUAAGAGCUGGGAUUUCCAAAGCCCCCAUUCAUUCGUGAGAGCGCACAAACGCUAUGUCAUAUUUUGGGAUGAUUUUAUAACGCUAAUGGCUGUAUUGGUUCCACAGGAAGUAUCUCAUUUUCCUUGUAAGUGUGCACAACACAGCCACAUCCUUUCUUUGGAUCCAUGUGGACUGAGGGAGGGAGUGAUGCCAUCUAGUGCCAGUUAUGCAGUACAGAUUUGGGAUAUCUUGCACUACAUGGAUUUGCUCCGUUUUAUUUAGUCAUAGAAAAGCUUUUACUGAAAGAAACAGCAGCUUAAAUGCUCUUUAAUCUUUCCUUCCUACAGCUAUAUAAGCAUUUUACAAGACAAGUAUAUCUCUUUGUGGCAUUUACAAGAAUACUUUUAAUUCUUUCCUGCUUACAUGCAGCUUAUUAAACAAACCUGAAGACCAGUGAGCCAGAGACUCAGCAACUUUGAGUUGCUGUGUUUUAGAGCAAAGUAGACUCUAUUUUCAAGUUCAAGAAAAAGAUCAAAUUUGUACUAUAUUCUGUUUUCUUAUGUCUAGAAGCAGCUUGUUUUGUCCAGAAAUCAUCUCUUCUAAAGGUCCUAAGUGAAACCUUCUGCUAUAUCAAAUGUCAUUCAGCCAUGUUUGCUCAGUUGUAAUCAAUCUGCAGAUUGGUAGGAACAAGUUUACAAAAAGUAGAGCUCAAUGAUAAAGUUAAUCGGCAUCAAAACAAGUCUUUCGAAUUAAAUCUUUAAUCUUUAAAAUUUAAAUCUUUAUUUUAGGCACUAUGACAAGAGAAUUUGUUGUUCUUUUCCCUCUAUGUGUGUUUACUUUAUAUCUUGAGCUGUAAAUCAGAAAAGUAAAGAAAUCAGGAAAUAAAUACUUAAUGUUGCCUUUGCAGAAAAGUAAAUUAUUCUUGGCUCAAGCCUCAAAAAAAGUCCUGUCGAUGGACUUAUCUGUCACUCAGCUUGUUGUGUUAGUUAUCGUCCAUUUUAUAGUUUGAGGUAAGAUCUGUUUCUUCUCUCAGCCUCACAGCUCCACAUGCUCUCUGUACAACCUCCUGUGUCUCCUGCAGCUGCUGAGGGAAAUGACUUUCAGUUCCCAUUUGAUGCUCCAUAUUGACAUAAGACUCCAGAUUCCUGGAUAUCCUGACAGGAUGCUCCCAGAAGUCAGCAAGGGGCAGUGAAAGAUGUCGCAGCUCUUCCUUGUAAUGAAGUUUUAAGAGGGUGGGGGGAAGGGAGGGAGGGAGGAGGGGGGCAGAUGUACAGGAAGCAAGAGCAUGCAGCGACACCUUGUUCUUCUCACAGUCAACAAUCUCUGCAGCAAGAAAAAGUGAAACACAGGAGUGUGUGUAGCAGGCUGUGAACAUUUUUAGCGAGGUUGAGGGACUGUCCCAGAGUGAUUUUUGGUUUUGGCGUUUACUACAUUUGCUUUUUUUGUCAACACUUCUCUUAAGAGGAAACCAAAUGUUGAAAUCAUCAGCAUUUAUUCAUCUGAGCGUGACUGUCUCUCACUUUUAGUUAACCAGUCAGCUGUCUUUUCUGGCUGUUGAUAGCUCUUUAGACUUUGGAAUCCAUGAUAUGAACUUUUCUGAGCCGAUACUGAUAACUGAUAACAACCUGCUCCUAACAGCUGAUAGCUAGGUUUCUUUUGCAUUUUUGUUUUUUAAGAAGUGUCGAUUAGGGCCCAAAUUAAGAAUUGUUCCUCAAAGUAUUAAUACUGUGAUAAAAAUAAGAGUAUAAUAAUACCAUGAUUUUGUUGAAGUGAUCCUUUCUGCCAAUUGCCACAUAAUAAAAUGAAGGAUUGACAAAGAAGAAGUAGCAGAUUGCCAGCGAACUAAAAAUAGCAGCCUUUGGAAAGAUGGUUUUUCACUUUCGAAAAUGAUGGUCAAGAUUGUAUGUGAAAUCAAAAACAAUGUCCAGCUUCUUAUCAGUUGAACAGUUAACUUCCAAAUCGCUCUGUAACUUACGAUCUACCACAAUAAAAGCAUAGACCCAGGAAAGAAACCUAAGAGCAAGACAGAAAAAAUAUCAAAACAACAGGGCUGGGGAUGAUUCACAAAUUUGAAUAUUAUCAGAAAUGGAUGAUGAUAUCUAAGUUGAUUGUUAUUAUCAGUUAAUUUUAUGGGGUGAUAUGUUGCUUUACCCUUGUCCUGCCUUUCUUUGAUUUGACUGAUUGGGUUUUCUCUUUAAGUUUUCCAUUACUAUCAUGAAGAUAUUAUCAUGAUGACAUCUUUAUUAAGUUAUCGUUAUCGCAGAGAUACUGUUAUAAAGAUAUUUUAUGGCCACGAUCAUCGUGAAUGAAAAUUUGAUAUUGUGAGAGCUCUGGGAUGGCCUGUCCCACUCUUAAUACUCCCUUGAGUCCCUAUAUUUGUGUUAAAACCUAAGUCACAGAUGUUUAUUUUCAAUCAGACUGUUAGGGUGUCUCGGGAUCAGUAGGGAUACGUGUGUUUAAAAUCCUCGUUCCAUCACCUCAGGAGAAAUGUUGGUCAUCAAGUACUGUAAAUUCAAUGAUCUUGCAGUGAUGGCCUCAGCUUUAAGUUGUCUCUUCUGAACUCUCUGCGGCUCUUUAAUCAUCACUCGCCAUUUUAUUGGCACUAAUACUAGCUUGGGCCAAUGCUGUUUUAGAUUUCUUGGAUAAAUCAAUGCUGGGAUGACAAAUUUUCAGGUGACUUACAGGAAUUGUUUUGUCAUAACCCGAGGGCUUAUUUCAUUCUCUUGGAUUACCAUGUUUACAAAUGGUGCUGCUGUUAUCCUCCUCUGAUACAGUGUAGAAUAUAUAGAUGUGUAGGCUUAGUAAUGAGUAAACAAAAGAGGCUUUUAUUAAAUGUCAUUACCUGAUAAAAUUUUUGUAUAUGAUUAGUAAUAAAUAUAUAUUUAGCAUUCCUACUGAAAUGCCACCUGUCAGUCUUUAAAGUAACUCUUCUUCUUGUAUUUUUUACUGUAUAUCUGCCAAAUCAAAGACCGUACAGCAUUAAUCUUCACCCCAUAAUGUCACAGUGAUGUCAUCUUUAAAAGGCUUUUUCUGAGGAUCAGAGCGACUCUCGCAGGAAAUGAUACUCAGAUGUAAUUUUAGUUUUGCCUGAAGGUGUCAGAUCUAGUCAUGUGUCGUUUGACAUCAUGAUCUUCUUUUUCAUUGACUGCAGUUACAAUAGACCACUUUAUAACAGUUUUAUCAAGAUCAAACAUGUCCAGAAAUACUGCUAUUAAAAAAAAUAAAACAGCACAGAUUUUUUUUUUCACAUAAUCAAGACUGAAGUGAUGAAAAUGAUUAUGGCAGACAGAGAUGAGUCUUUUGUACCCUGAUUGAAGAGUUUAGUUUGGGUAAAGACUUGUGUGUAUUCAUGCAUUUGAAGGUUUGCAUAAGAAGACAAGUUCCUCAAACACUGAGGCAGAAAUUUGGACUCUUAUCCCUGAAAAUGGUGUUAGUGCUUACUUUAAUUGUUUGGGAACAAAGAAAGUCUCCAUGGAGAUGCUGACUGGUUUGGAUAAGGACUGUCCUAAUAUCAAGUGAUUGAUAGUGCUGGAAACAAACAACAGAUGCUUUGCUUAACCCUGUAUAUUAAAAAAUGAAAUUUAUCAUAGAGUAGAGUAAAAUGCUGUGUGUCUUGUUUAUGUCUGGUUUUAAAUAGAUAACUCACAAACUGUGUUUAAAAAGGUACAAUCAAAAGGUGAGUAUGAAUCAGUAUCAGUAAUUUUGAAAAUAUCUGCAAAUAGGAUAUUGGUAUUUAUCCAAUAUUGUGCAUCCCAAGUGCCAACCUUUGAAAAAGAGAUCACCCUAAAAACAGGCAAUUGUGGUGCUUUUAUUUUGACAUUUUUAAUGCCUUGCUUUACUUUCAGUGUGGUUGCUUAAUGGCGCUGUUGUUGAAACAUGCUUUUAUUUUGAAGAGACAUUUACUUUACUUCUGGUAGAAUACAUUAGCACACCUUAAGAGGUACAAGCUCUUGUCUUGUUUCAAGAGUCACAGUUAAUCUUGUUCGACCAUCUUUAGGACGGCUGCGCCAGCUAGCUAGCUGGUUUCUGCUGCUGCUGCUUCUCUGUUUUAUGGCUGGUAAAGAGCCGCAAUCUCCCCAGAGCAUGAACCUUAGCUACACCGUGUUACCUUGUUCUUAAUUUUAGCAUAAUGUCAAUAUAUUUUUAAAUGUGAAAAAACUGUUACAUUCAAUCUCACUUCAUAGCGACAGCUUUAAUAGCAGAUCUUGUGUUUUUCCUAUCAACCUUUAAUGAUUUUAUUUGACUAGUUGAGAGUUUGAAAGCUGCUGCUGGAGUCAUUUUUUAACUUGCACGUCUUAAAACACAAGAAUCUAUAUAGCAGUUUUCAUGUGUGCAGGCAGCUACCCCUUUAUCUUGCGAUAAGUAACAUCCUCUUUCUUGCUAUUCUUACUCAGAGUACUGCAGGCCAAACAGGAAAACAUUAAACCUUUAGAGGAAUUGGUGAAAAAAAAAAAAUUGACUCAGCUACACAGGAAAUUAAAUCAUGAAAUGCGUCCACCUCCCUUGCUUGUGCACAAGCUGACUGCAUGAAGCCUCGGCUCUGUGCUGCCGCUGCAAGUUGCAAGCUCGCUGGAGCUGUUUGAGGCUUGUGACAGGAAGGAAAGGGGCUUGCUGUCUCAUUGGCAGGGCUUCUGAGCGGGGCAAAGCUUGUCACAUGUUGGCGAUAUGAAUACAAAGGAUGCAAGGAAUGAGAAAGGCAUGCAGAUAAUAAGAUACAGCGAGGGGAGAUAAAGUGGAGAAAUGUUACUCUUCUUGCGGUGCCAUUUCCUCUGGGAAAAGGGACAGGCUGUGAUCUCUUUCACGGUUAAUGGAGGCAUGGCAGCACGCCAUUUAACCCUCUUGACUCAGUAGGCUGUGUUCUGCCUUCUUUAAUAAUAUUUUUUAUCUCUUUUAGGAGUGGGAACUAGUCGUGCUGGGGAAGUUGAAGUGGAACAUGGCCUCAGUCAUCCCCAAUGAUUUUAUAGAGCACAUCAUACGCAGGCUGCCCCUUCCCAAAGACAAGCUGGGGAUGGUCCGGAAGCACACGCAGACAUUCAUCGCCCUCUGUGCCACAGGUAACGCGGCGGCGGUCCCUUUCAUGUGGCUGUUUUUACCUGAUUCUUCUCUCUUUGCUGCUUUACGCUGGAAUAUUCCCACACACACAAACAUUCUCCCAUCGUGAGUCAUCUGUGACCUCUUUCCUCUCCCUUCAUACUCCGCUGACUGCUUAUCCACUCUCUAGUCUCUCCACAGCUUGUUGCAAGCUUUUUUUCCCCCCACAGCUGCUUGAAGUGGUGAUUUCCAUACUUCUCUGCUAAGUUCCUGGGAAAACGCCUAUCAGAGCUGUGUUUAGAUAACCCACAUACACUGUUAACGAUAGCGAUUGUAUCAUUCUGUAUCUUGUGCUUCAUUAACACAUGACUCAGGUGCAGCUGAGCUCCCUCUCUCCUCGCCCUGUAUUGUUUGUUGACAGAGAAGCUUCCAGGUUUUAAAAAGUCAGGGCAGUGAUCCAAUGAUCUUCCUUCCUCCUCCCAUCUUGGCCUCAUGUCCAAAAUAAACCAGAGGCUCUGGAGAAGCACAAACUCAGAUGUCCCCUCAGGCCUCUCCUUAGGUGAAUUUUCAAGGCAUUCCUCUGCCUAUACUUGGGAUCCCUCUAAUAUUUUCAUAUCCUGGACAGAAACACAGAUUGAAGACCACGUAAUACACAUGAAACACAGCACUGCCUUGUCACUGGGCCGCCUUUCAUCUUCAAACUAAGUUAGUUGAGGGAACAGAGUUCACUUUAGUACACUAACACGACUGCCAUCCAGUCAGGACAUGAAGCACUUGUUUACUAGAGCUGGUUAUUGAAACCCAAGGCUCCUCCUUCAAUGAGUUUCUUGCCACAGUUAGUUCAGUUUAAGUGUCAGACUUUUUAUUUUUUUAAAUUUGGGUGUGUUUCAGUGGUCGCCUCUGCUAUUCAUAAGCAGCUGGUUCUACCCGAGCACAAAGCAGCCGCAGUGGGAGAAAAAAGCAAGUCCUGCUGUGGUUGUGCAGUAAUGUAAAUGUUUGGAGUUUUAUAUGGAGUCGAGAUGUUAUUCUUAUGAUGGAGGAGCUCCUCCUAUGGACAGCUGCUCCCUGAAGGAGAAGAUGGGCGUAGUGAAGCAGGCGGCUCCCCAGCGUUCAGUCAAAGCUAUCAGGCCACCAUGACUGGUUUUACUGGGAUAGGACUUUGUGCUGGGUUGGACCUUUGCAGUGCUCAACAAAUGCAUGUGCCAAGUCUCGGCCUCUUUGAGAUUAGAUUGGUCAUGUUCAUGUGCUGAGACCGGAAGAAGCUUGUGUAUUGUAUGAAUGGAAAAACCUCCAGGGGCUGCAUUCACGAAACAUCCUUAAAGUAUCUCCUUGUCCUAAUGAGCCAAGUUUGGAGAAUCUCCUGACUUCAGGAUUCUUGCAUUUUUGCAGAAUUAGUCACUAAAACCUCUUUAAAAAUCAAGCAGCUGUCUCUGGUUGCCUCAGACUUCUGGACAACACAAAGUAAAUGAACUUUUGAGAGCAUAUUUUGAUUAUGCGCAAUCUUAUGAGCAUACCAAACAAACAGAAACAACCCUGUAAGGGUUGGAUUGUGCACAAAUGGAAAGUUUCUCUCAAUAUAUUGUCUGCAACAUGUCGUAAAGAGCGGGAGGUUAUCAAAGAGAAGAGAGGGAUGCUUUAUUUCUUAAACAUGUAGAAAGUGGGACACAUUUCAAACCGGCUAAUGGAGACAGUCAUAAAGUUUCUCUUGUUUGUAGGCAUUCAAAGUGGCAGGAUCAUCUGUGCUUCAGAUGAUUAAAAAAAAAAAACAAGAGAAUAAAAAGUAAAAGUCCUAGACUUGUAAAUGCUUUUUGCAACGUACAGGUGUUAGGAAUAAGAUGUGAUCAUUGAUUGAUCUUGGAAAGUGGUCUUGAACAUGUGGAAAAAAAACUGAGGUCCUGAAAACUGAGGCUCAGGUCCAAGUCAAGUCUGAUGUCACACUAGUGUGUGACUGAAGUAGGACUUGAGUCCAAGUCUCAGACUGAAGUCCCCGUCUCUGGUUCAAAUGUCGAAAAUGAAAACCUGUGGCUCUUGCAUAUCACUUAACCCGUCUGCGAAGGAAUCAACAGGUGGGCUGAAAUAUGAAAUCCUAAUAACUUGUACUGUUUUGGGGGUGUAAUGUCGAAGUACAAAGGUGCAGUAAUGUUAGAGUUAUGUUCAGCUGCUGUUGUUGCGUCAAAAUGUGAAGUUUUCAUGUUGUUGUUGUUGCUGUCGUUGUUGUUGUUGUUGUUGCUGCUGCAGCCCCUCUUUUGUACCACAGCCAGUCACCAGGGGGAGUGCUGCGCGAUUUGGCAUCACUUUAGCGGAGCUGCUGCGUCGCCCUUCUUGUUAUACUCUUAGUGGUCCAACCAAUCAUGUGUUUUCUUGGUUGAUCAUUCAUGAUAUGGAGUAAUGGCUCACUUUGGAUAACAUUUCAUUUUAAGUCCAUCAAGUGUCCAAAAGCAGCUCUAAGUAUGUGAACACCUCUAGCCUUAUUAGACUUGUGUAAUGAUCAAUCACAGGCUGAUAACAUCCUGUUGAUUUAUGCGUAAUGAUAAUGUACAGAUGCACACCGCCUCUGAAGUGGUUCAUUUAAGAUUUUAGCCUGAGAGGUGGGGUCAACCACGCCCCCUGUAUCAUUAUGAGUCGUCUCAUAUGCUCUGUUGAAGUGUCUGAAUAAAUGUUUUCGAGGGAAGCUUAUAGCUGGGAACAGUAGGUAUCAUUUAGAAAGACUCCUGCUGAUCAGACGAGAUACUCUGGAGUACUGCUCCAGGGUUUUCCGGUUUAAAAAAUAUAUCUGUAUAGGCUGAUAGGAGGUUUUAUUCACGGUCACAUUAUGAGCUGGAUUUGAGCAGCUUAAUUUCUGCAGUGAGGAGGUGUCGUCUCCUCUUCCGCCUCCUCUAUCCAGGCCUGUUGUCGCUUAAGUUUUUAGACUUGGAUAUGUAAUGGGGGGGAUUUCCUGGAACUCACUGAGGGAGUAGGAGGAUUCCUUCUCUGCUUUUCUAAUCAGAGCCGAAUUUUCUAUGUAGGAAACCACGCAGGUUACACAGUGCAGCCAUGUCUGUUGCAAUCCCAGACUGUGGGAAGGUGAGGUACAGCUGAGGAGGACACACGUGGGAGAGAAUGAGAUGUUUUCCUCUCUCAUACUUCCUCUGGUCUGUUUUAAGACGUUACAGCUACAAAUAUGAUUUCCGCUCACCACGAUGGCCUAAAGCUGCUGCUUGACUAAUUGCACAUUAAUAGUUUUUUCCCUCUUCGCUCAACAGAUGACCGCCUUGCUAUGAACCCUCCUUCCAUGAUCGCCACAGGCAGCAUGGGAGCUGCUGUCUGCGGCCUGCAGCUGGACCACACUGACCAGAGGCUGAGUCGAGAUAACCUGACGGACCUGCUGGCUAAGAUCACCAACACAGAGGUGGUGAGUACACGAGGGAAGAAAUUACUACCUGUCAGGAGUAAUUAGUCUAUAGUUUUAGUGCCUCAGCUCAAUGCACUCUUAAUCAUUUUCAUUGCAACAUCUCACGACAGCAGAAUAAAAGGCCUUUUUAGUAAACAACUGCGAUGACUUCAGUAGUGGCAGAUUGAAGCGAUUUACUUUUCAUGGAGAGAGAGGCAGAGCGAGCUUUUGGCUCUUGGCUGUGGAGCCAGACUGCUGCUAUAAAGAGCAGCGGCAGAGGGAAUGGCUUCUUAAAACUCAGAGCCUACAUUCUUGUGGUAGGACACAUGCAAUUUCUUAGCAUGGCUCUGACAUUAGCUGCAUGCCCCUCCUGGUGGAGGAAUAUGUUCGUAAUGAAGUCAAGGAGCAUCUUUUCCUGAGAAACAGCCAGCGUUGAACAAAAAGUCAUUCAAGAUGUUUGAAUUUUUUUACAUUUUCAAUGACAUGUGACAAUUCUGUGACUGUGUUUGGGCUGGAGUAAAGCUGCAGAGGGAAGAAAUGAAGCUUUUAAAUACUUAGGCAUAAUGUUAUAAUGGACUUACUCUUAUUAAUGGAGGUUUGCCUUUUCAAAAACAGCUUUUGCUCUGUAUAUAUGGGCUGAUUUAUAAAUGUGAUAAAUUGAAUUGGUCUAUUUAGACUUUAAAGCUCCUGUCAGUUUUUUUUUGGACAUUUUUGAAAUUGACUGAAAUUUGUAUCAUUGCCAUUUUGUGACACAUAAAAGCAAACAAGACCAUCACCACCAAGACAGAUCAUUUUUAUACCGUCAUUUUUGAUACCUCAGAGGUAGGGGUCGAACCAGCAGCUUCUUCAUUGAGUAGCAUUGGCUCUGUGUAUGGAGUCCACAUUUAAACCUCUGUUCCAACUGGCACCCCCAAUUUCAAAAUAAAACACCACGACCAUAUAUGUCAAAUCAAUUACUGAGGAUAAAUAUCUAAACGGCAAUAAAUAUUUGAUUAAUGUCAUUCACAGCUGGAGUUUUGGCUGUUACCUGUGUCUUUAGGCCACAGGGGGAAAAAGCAGCAUAAUUGUACUUAUUAAACACAAUAGGGUGAGAGAAAUAAGAAACCCUUUAAUUCUGAAGGCUACUCGUCUAAGAAAGAAUUACAAAAAAUCAUAUAUAUCAAAAUGAGCAGUAAAUCAACCUCAGAAAGGCUUAGUAAGCUGUUGCUUGGCGGCACAUCUGUCUGUGGAACCCGUAGCAGUGAUUAAACGUGUCAGACUUUAAAAUGAAGACAUUGUCAGUUUUGUUGCUGAUGCUUUUGUUUGCUUUCACAGGUCAUAUUAAAGCAUCACUGUAAAUUUCCGUCAGCUUAAUCACUGUUUAGAAAUUUCUUAUAGUAGCUUUAACUGCACAGAUUAUCAUAAUGGACUUAAAUGUACAGAGGGACUGAAGGUGCCUCGGUAGACUUGAAUGUUACGGCAAAUCAAAACUUCUGCUCUUCUAAAUUUAUGUAGAAAAGUAUUUAAAAUUCUGACUCAUUAGAUUUUUUAUUGCUCCAAAAAGGUGUUGGAUUACAAAAAUGAAUAGAGUAGGCCUCCAUUUACUGGCUCAUACAAGGUCAUAAACCUGAUAUGCCAUUAUGUUGAAUGUUUAUACAGUUUGAAGGUGUCCUCUUUCCUUUUUAAAUUGAGUCAUUCUUAAACCAGUAAAGACGCCAGUGGGCCACUGAAACAACACAUUUGCCUCUUUAGCUUGUGGUCAUGUUUCCAAGGCAACAAGGGCCCCGCAAUGCAGCCGUCACAACAGGCGCUCCGACUGCAGACCAUCGGGUUCCAAUUAUCCGUACAUUUCAAAGGAAUGCUGGCCUCUUUGCGAGGCUUGCUUCAUUCUUUUAAGAGUCCUGCAGCCGGCCCAGUGAGGCAGACCUCCCACAUCUUCCUCACAGACCUGCAGAGAGACACAGACAGGGAGAGGAUCUCCUUUCACAAGACAAGUUGUCCAAAAACAUCCGGUCCCAAUGUCCUAUAUUCUGUUUUACACCCAAACUCAGAGGGUCAGGGUGCAGUAGGUCAAAGCCAUUUCCUUUAGACCUCCACAUGGGACUGACCGUGCUGUAAACCCAAAGGGAGGGUGGAGGAAGGGGGUCCGGAGUUUCAGAGCUGCCUUAUCUGUUCCCUGAGUGACCACAGGGUUCUUUUCUAGGCCCCCUCACAUUCCCCCUGCACUCUACUCAUACCUCAGGCAUGCACAGGUCUCGUGUCAGGGAUGAUUCUUGUGCCCACCGUGCGGCUCUCUGCUCUUGUGUUGUGCUGGUACCCAUUGUUCUGGGCAUGAUGGAGACAGGACCACCUACCUCAACACACAUAAUUCCCUGCUGGUAUUUCAUGCAUGUGACUGAAGCUGUUAAAAAACCUGCUCAUCAGAUGAAAUGAAAUUUCAGAUCUGUUUGCACGCUACUGUCUGCAGACAGGUGCAGCAAUAAAACCCUUUGGUGUUCACAUUUGUGUUAUAAUCACCUUGUUAGUCAGAAUUUAAAUUUAUAUUAAAAGGAACUAAGGAAUUAGUCACCUCAGAACAUCCCUGUACAGGACAAAAUUAGGAAAAAGAUAGCAUCACUAAUUGCCUUAAAAUUUAGUGUGUAAGAUGCACUUUUCACACCAUUUUUGGCAUCUCAAAAGUGUGCUGCAUCUUGUAAACAGAGAGAGGUUCUCCAUUCAUGCUGGAUACAAAGCAGUGUCAGUUUUUGGGGGGAACCGGCAGGUUGGUGAUAACAGAUAGUGUUUGAAAAAGCUACACAUCUACAUCAAAGCUGCACAUUGCUGAACGCUAAUAAAGUCAUUUUACAUUCUGGAUCUUAAGGGAUAUUUGAUUUUCUAACGAUUGUGAUGCUGAGCAGAAGCAGCGUGUGCGAUGUUCGACCGCUUAAGUCAAAUUUAACACUAAGUUUGCACUAAAAAAGAACGUUGUGAAUGUGGGUUAGUUAAGACACGAGACAAACACAAGUGCAUACAAGGUCUGCAAAAGGAACUUGAAUUCCAGAGUAUUUGCUUUGUUUUCAAAACCCGCCUUCAUUGCGUUUUACCACCAGCAAAGCCGUAACUGAAGUAUGUGUGAGUGUAAUGAAGUCUGACCCCCUUUUUUUCUGUUCCAGGACGUUUUGAGGGCUUGCCAGGAGCAAAUAGAGCGUGUGCUGGCCACCAGCCUGCAGCAGGGCCAGCAGUGCCGACAGGAGCCGGCGGUCAGGGCAGGCAACAAGGCAAGGGAGCAACAGGACCAGUCCAGCACCCCCACAGAUGUACGGGACGUCAACUUAUGAACCCGCCCCUCUCUCUACCUUACACACACACACACACACACACACACACACACACACACACACACACACACACACAGACACACAGACACACACACACACCUCACUCAUUCCUGUCAACCAAUGAACUAAAAGGAGCAAGGGGGGGCGUGGGCUGCCAGUAUAAGGACGCCACAUGACCGCUGGUGUGACAAUCUAUGAACUUUUAGAUAAUAAAUUUCUAGUUUUUCUCCUUUUUUGCCCCAUUCAUACAUGGCUGGGUGAACUUUCAUUUAAUCCAACAAGCUAUUUAAAAAAAUGGUUAAAAACUUGAUAGUGCCUAAGGUCUCCCAGAACGGAAACCUAAAUAUAUUUUCAUACUUGAAAAAAAAAAACAUAAUUUUAUGAAAUAUACAUAUUUCCUUUGAUACAACCUAGUAUAAAUAAAAUCAAAAGAUAAUGUGUAUUUAGCUAGUAUUUAGUUAUGUUACUCUUUUAUCAUCUUUAGCGAGCGGUUAUUAACUCACAGACUGACUCACAGCCUGAUUCAGAUUCCAUUUUUCACAGGAAACUUUCUUAGCCGGGGUUUAAAAGUGGAUCAAACAGUACAAGCCAUUUAAACCGAGCUGAUAUCCAACCAAGAGAAGUGCUACUGUGGCUAGCUGCUCUCCCUCUAUCUAUCAUACUGUGCACCUGUAGCACUGCUAACUAUUUAUGCUGAAAAAGUGGAGGCCAGGAGUGGGCUGGGCCUGCUCACAGAGGACGAGCAUGAGGGGCUGUGAGGUCUGGAGCAGAGGUUACUGUAAGAAAUGAACACAGAGGACUUUGUAAGGUCUUGAUUUCACUGCUAAAUCCACAGUUUGUUCAUAGGAUCAUAUGUACAUGUAUUAUAAUUCAGAUAGGCUAUAUUAUUAUUAUUGUUCUGUUUGUUCUUGCUCUAGCUGUUUGAUGGCUGGUUUGAAGAGGAGUUGGCAGUUCGUAUGAGAUUUAAGAAUAAAAAGGAUGUUUUUGCAAGUUUUUCUAGGUUUGAAAGGAAAUGAACGCAGCUUUGGGGAAAUUUCAGGAGUUGUUUCGAGAAAGGAAAUGCAUGUGCAAGUGGGGAAGGUUUCGAUUGUUUGAUUGAUAGCAACAUAGCGAGGGAAGAUAACUUAAGCUAUAUGAUAAACGUUUCUGCAGUUGAAAGAUACUUGAGUGAAAAGGAGGGGUAAAAAUCCUCGAUGAGGCCCGGGGGCAUCACUUUUUUUUUUUUUUUUAAUUGAGUGGGCGACUUGGAACAAUAUCGAUGCACUUUUAAAAACACACUCCUUAAGAUGGGUAAGGGGAUGUUGGUUGAGGAGAGUUCAGUGGGUUGUUAGGGUCAUUUAAAUCUUUUUUUUUUUUAAGUUAUUUGAUUUUUUUUGGGCUGGAUUCCCAUGGGGUUAUGCACAUUGUCUUGAAAGCUACGCCCCGAUAGCUGAGUAGACAUAGGAUAAUCGGUGUAAUAGUUUAAGAAAAGCCAAGUCACUUGUAGACUUAGAUUUUUGUUUUUCUAUUUUUGUUCAAUGCGAUUAUUUAACCUUGAACUUGAAUUUUUUUUGUUGAUCCAUAGCCAAAACCUUCCAAUAGUUCUUUAAGAGUUAAACACAUACUGUUCCUGAGUAUACUCUUCCUUGUUGUGCUCUUUAUGUAAACUGCUUCCUGAUCUAACGUUUGAUGAGUUUUUUCCAUUGUAGACAUUUAUAGGUUUGGGGUUUACACAGUGGGAAAGUGUGACUGUAUAUUUACCAAUUCUUCCAUGCUCAGAAAUCCUCAUUACAUUCUAGAAAAAGAAAUGUAGUGUCAAAAUUGUAUUUGUGCAUGUUUUGUUGUGCAUAAGCCAAAUGUCUCUCCAUGAAAAAAGUGCUUUAAACAGAAAAAUUUUUUGUGCUCUUUAAGGGUUUGUGUAUAAUUCAAAAGAGGCAAUUCCAAAGUGAGAAAACUAGAUUAUACACAUAAUUCUCUUGCUGCUAAGAAGCUUUUUCUUUUCUAGUCUUACACGAAGAUGCCUUAUUGUGAUUCACUUGUGUGCUGCUAUAUUAUGAUAUGUUGGAUAUGUAACAAGUCCUUUUUUUUAUUUUGCUUCUCUGUUAUAUGUGUACUGGAGGGAACGUAACAGCUUGGUGCGGGACUGGAAGUACUUUGUGUUUAUUGAUCUGUUUAAUUAGCAUGUUUUAUUCUUUUAUUGUUCCAUUUGUAUCUUUAUAUUCUAUCAUACUCUUGCUGCUUCUUUGUUAUGUUUGUGUACCUCAGGUUAAUUUGGAUGAAUAGAGUGAGAGUUCAUCUCGCAUUACCUCACCAAAACUUCACGUCACACACACACACAUAUGUUGUUUUCACUCUGAAUUUGUUGGACGGGUUUCACUUUUUUUUUCUGUCUGGACGAGAGGAAUGAUGGUGCUUCUUCUCUUGAAAUCAAAAAAUGUCUUCCACUGUGCCUAUGUAAGUGCCUAUACUUUAAAAUAGGUCAUUUCAUUUGUGUAAGUCAAACAUGUAAUGGAUAGACCAAAAAAAAAUCCUUCUUGAGACUUUUGUCAGCAUGUUUCCAUCAGUUUGUUGAAAUAAAAUGAAAUGUUAUUUUUGAGGUACCCAUUUGGUCGAAUUUUAAACCACAAGAAUGUUUUGUCAUUUGUUCAGUGUGGUUGUUAUUCCAAACUCCUCACCCACAAUUCCCAUGUGUAACCACACAGCGUACCUCAACAAUUUCUUAUCAAUAAAAUUGGGCAAAAUCAUCUGAGUUGUUUGUCUUAAUGUAUUUCUCUGCUGCUUGCAGUCUAAAUAAUCUGUGC